AUGGAUGCUCUCUCUCUGUUACUUACAGUCUUUCAUAUCUGUAUAUCUGUAAUCUCACACACCACCAUUGCUGCAACACACACACUAACUCCAUGUCAAACCCUCACUCAUGGCACAACACUAGUCUCUUCCAACCAAAGAUUUGUACUGGGCUUUUUCAGUCCUUCAGGGCACGCACAUAUCAGUUACUUGGGCAUAUGGUACAAAGACAUACCACUCACAGUGGUAUGGGUUGCCAAUGGACACAAACCAUUGAAAAGUUCAGAUGCAAAGCUAGAGUUAGAUUUUCAUGGCCAUCUUGCACUUAAAGAUGGUUCAAAGGGCACUGUCUGGAGCUCUUUGCCUGCAAAGAAAGCCGAAAAACCUAUCUUGGAACUUCUAGAUUCUGGUAAUCUUGUUGUUAAAGAGGGUAAAUUUAAGUCUGAAGGAAGGUUUAAAUGGGAAAGCUUUGACUUUCCAUGUGACACAUUGUUGCCUGGAAUGAAGCUAGGUUGGGACACGAAAAGUGGUCGAAAAUGGUUUAUGAGCUCUUGGAAGACAAGGGAUGAUCCAUCACCUGGUGGGUUCAAAUUGAGCUUGGAACAACCUCAAUCACCACCUCAAUUGGUGCUGAAAAGGAAUUUGACUAAGCAAUCUAGGUGGGGUCCUUGGGAUGGCAAACAUUUCAGUGGCACCAAUGCUUUCAAGACUAACCCUGUGUUUAAGAUCAUCUUCAAAUUCGAUUCUGAUCAGGUUUGGUUUACAUUUGAGGUCUUAGAUGAGUCAAUUUUGUUGAGGUUUGUGGUGUCCCCAUGUGGUAAUGUUCAGUUCCUAACCUGGAAGAAUCAUACUAGGAAGUGGAUUACAAUGUUGACACUCAAUAAGGAUGGUUGUGACCGGUAUGGCUUGUGUGGGCUUUAUGGAAUUUGUUAUGUGGAUGAUCCAAGCUGCCGGUGUUUAGAAGGGUUCAGGCCAAGUUCACCCUGGGAUUGGAGUAGGAUGGAUACCUCGGGUGGGUGUAGGCGGGAAUAUAGGUUGAAUUGUAGUGAUGGGGAUGGAUUUUUGAAAUAUGGGGGAUUGAAGUUGCCUGAUAAUUCAACUUCAUGGGGGAAUUUGAGCCUGAAGGACUGUGGAGAGAAGUGUUUGAAGGAUUGUGCUUGCAUGGCUUAUACUAACAUGAAUAUAAACAGAAAUGGCAGUGACUGUGUGGUCUGGUUGGGUCACUUGAUUGACAUUCGGAACUAUCCUCAAGGCAGGGAUGAGCUUUAUAUACGUGUGGCACGUGGCGAACUAGGUGUUGCUAAACACAAGCGUUCACGAGCACACACUGUGAACCUCCCUGUUGGGACAGAGGUCAACCUGAAACGCCAUUUGAUCGGCUCUGAUGAACUGGCUCUGCAGUAUAUGGAAUGGUUGGUUGCUUUCAUUACAGAACCAAGCAGCUCCUUGGACAAAAAAACAGUAACAACAUUUGUACAGCUUUUGCUUGCUACUAUGGCAAUCCAAGUGCACCAUGUUCAAAGUAUGUUGCCUCAAAUUAGUAUCAAUCAGGUUGCUGCAUUUUCCUUGCUGGAAGGGAUAUGGUUAUCUGCUUUCAUUCAAUCUCAACAGGAAAACAAUCCAUACAGCGAUUUGAACAUGGAAAAUGCGGUGGGGGACCUUGAAUUCCAUCUUUUCGAUCUAAGCGCCAUUACUGCUGCUACUGACAACUUCUCUCUCGAAAAUAAGAUUGGGGAAGGUGGUUUUGGUAUUGUUUAUAAGGGGGAAUUCCCUUCUGGACAACUAAUAGCAGUAAAAAGGAUGUCACAGAGAUCUUCUCAGGGCCUCCAAGAGUUUAAAAAUGAGGCAAGUUUGAUUGCCAAACUUCAACACCGAAACCUUGUUAGGCUUUUGGGGUGCUGCAUUCAAGGAGAAGAAAGAAUGCUCAUCUAUGAGUACCUGCCUAAUAGAAGCUUGGACCAAUUCAUAUUUGAUCAAGCUAGGAAGAAACUAUUGUCUUGGGGGAGGCGGUUAGACAUCAUUGUGGGGAUUGCGAAGGGACUGAUUUACAUUCAUGAUGAUUCAAGGUUGAAAAUAAUCCACCGAGAUCUUAAAACAAGUAACAUAUUACUGGACAGCCAAAUGAUGCCCAAAAUUUCAGACUUUGGCGUAGCAAAAAUUUUUGGUGGAAAUGAGACAGAGGAAAGGACCACUAGAGUAAUCGGAACACAUGGUUAUAUGUCUCCGGAGUAUGUGAUUAACGGUCACUUUUCAACGAAGUCAGAUGUGUACAGCUUUGGUGUUUUAGCAUUAGAGAUUGUAAGUGGCCAAAAAAAUUGGGGAUUUCAGCACCCUGAUCAUGACUUCAACCUUUUGGGACAUGCAUGGAAACUGUGGAAUGAAGGGAGGCCUCUGGAAAUAAUAGAUACAUUGUUGGAGUCAUUUUCUAAGACUGAAGUGCUUAGGUGCAUUCAAGUGGGGCUGUUGUGCGUGCAGCAACGCUCUGAAGACAGACCGGCAAUGACAAACGUGAUAUGUAUGCUGCGAAAUGAGAGCACAAGUUUACCGGAACCCCAAGAACCUGGUUUUUUUACCGGAGGUUCUUCCAUGAGAUAUGGUUCGUCAUCAAGGGGACAAUUGCCCGAGACUGACAAUUCCUUAACCAUGACAACUUUAACUGGCCGGUAG